GCUCAGUGACGCCACCCACGGCGGCCUCCUGCGGAAGCAGGGCACGAGCGGAAGUCUGGCCUCCGAGGAUGACGACAUGCUGACGAGCGUGUCCCGAGCAGCAUCGAUGCGGGACCAACGGACCUCGGUCAUCGGUCUGCGUGACAGGCUCCUCAAGGAGGCCAGGUCGGAGCGCCAGCGUUGCCUCGAGAACGCCGAGGCGGCGGAGCGCCGCAAGCUCGAGGCGAGGGGCGCGUGCGAGGUCCCAUACCGCAGAGGAACUUUGAGGAGGGCAAGACGCCCAGAGGCCACAAUGCCCGCUCCUGAGCCUCGAGGACCGAG